GUUACACAAGGUCAUUGAUAGCGGCGAAAUGGCGGCGUCCAUGUUAGUUCGUGCCUUCCAAAAUAGCCGACAAACUUGGUCAACUUGCAGUAAAUAUGCAUCUUUGGAGAAACAAAACUGGACUCUUUGUCUGCCAGCAGUCACCACCAUCCUGCCGUGUAGAACCACCACCAGGCGCCGAGACCGCUUACCCCUCCCUCAGAGACUCUACGUGCCAGAUAAAAGCAGAACUGACCAGGACCGCCAGGCCGAGGAGCUAACACCAGACAACAUGGCACACAUCCAGGAGUCUUACAAGGAGGAGGAGGAGUCUUUAACACAGGCUAGGCUGUGUCCACUUAAAGAUGAGCCCUGGCCCCGACAUGCCUGGACACCAGAGUCCAGGAGAACAGGUGUUCUGGCCACCAAGAUUGGAAUGAUGCCGAUGUGGACUAAGACAGGACACAGACUCACUGUCACACUCCUGCAGGUCCAGGAUUGCCAUGUGAUCAGGUAUGUUCCAGCAUGGGACAGUGACAAUCCAGGCAUCCUCACACUGGGACACAGAACGUGCUCACCCUUUUAUCUGUCAGAGGAGUACUUACGAACGUUUGAAAAAGCUGGCGUCCCACCUAAGAGGAAGAUUGCAGAGUUUAAGGUCUCGAAAGAUGCAGCCAUUAAACCAGGUACCCCGCUUUAUGCAGCACACUUCAGGCCAGGCCAGUAUGUAGAUGUGUAUGGCAAAAGUGUAGAUAAGGGAUUCCAGGGGGUGAUGAAGAGACAUGGGUUCAAGGGCCAGCCAGCCUCACAUGGACAGACAAAAACACACAGACGGCCUGGUGCUAUUGGCACAGCCGGCCAUGGCAGAGUCUUGCCUGGAACCAAGUUGCCUGGACCAAUGGGAAAUGUCGUCCGUUACACUAGGGGACUCAAGAUCUGGAGAGUCAACACCAAGCACAACAUUUUGUACGUGAAUGGGCAAGUCCCUGGUCACAACGAUGGCUGGGUCAAGGUGUACGACUCCAUUCUGUACAAGUCCAAGCACAAGAACAAGCUGGAGGACCACCUGGGCAACCUGCCUUUCCCCACGUACUUUGAGGAGGAGGAGGGGGAACUGGAGGAGGACCUGUAUGAUGAUGAGCUGUUCCGCUUUGAUGAGCCAUCGAUAGUCUUUGAAUCUGCUGAGGGGGCAAAGAAGUAGAAAUGAGUCUGGAAUGGGUCAAUUUUUAGUAUAAGGCAAAACAAUAAUUGCUAUAAUUGAUGACAUCCCC